CUCCCAAAAUCUAACAAAACAGGGACCGGUGUCACUGGACUAUUCCAGAAUAAACUCAGACCUUCCACCAUUUCCCAUCGAAGGAGAGACUCUAGAGAGAGAAAUCGAAGGGAGGCGGAGAUUCUAGAGGGAGAAAAGAGAGAGAGGAGAGAGAAUGGCUUCAUCGUCGUCGAUGUACAGCUACUGCUACUACGGGUGGAAGAGCUUCAACGACGACGAGGAUCGGCCAGAGAAGCCUCGGAGGUUCGGCGUCACCGAGAUGCGGAGCCCUAGCUACAGCCUCUUUUCCCAAAAUACCCUCCAGGAUAUUUUCGAAUCGAUGGGACAGUUCGUCGACGGGUUGAAGUUCUCUGGCGGCUCGCACAGUUUGAUGCCGAAGGCUUUCAUCAAAGAGGUAAUUGAUUUGGCUCACCAGCAUGAUGUAUGUGUUAGUACUGGUGACUGGGAAGAGCAUAUACUUCGCCAAGGGCCUUCUUCUUUCAAUAAGUAUGUUGAGGACUGUAAACAACUAGGUUUCGAUACCGUUGAGCUAAACGCUGGAUCGCUUAAAGUCCCUGAGGAGACCCUGCUAAGGUUGAUUCGCCUCAUAAAGAGUGGUGGCCUAAAGGUGAGGCCUCAGUUUGCGGUAAAGUUUGAUACAGCUGAUAUGCCCGUUUCCGGUGAUAGAGCAUUUGGGGCUUAUAUAGCUCCAGUCCAACAAAAUUCAGAGUUUAUAGAAGAUGUGAACUUGCUGAUCAGAAGGGCUGAGCGAUGCUUGGAAGCUGGGGCAGACAUGAUCAUGAUCGAUGCUGAUGAUGUAUGCAAGUAUGCUGAUUCUCUCCGUACGGACAUAAUUGCAAAGAUUGUAGGCCGUUUGGGACUUGAGAAGAUCAUGUUUGAAGCUUCCAAUUCGAAGACCUCUGAAUGGUUUGUAAGACGCUAUGGACCUAAGGUGAAUCUUUUCAUUGAUCCCUCUGAUGUGAUGAAGCUAGAAUGCCUACGAGGUCACAAUUUUAGUAAAAACUGUGCAUCUCUUCUCAACACCUCAUAUUAUCUGUUGUGAUUUGCUGGAAUCUGCUUCGUAUGAAGUUCUACGUUGUAUAUCGGUUAUAAACUUGAAUAUGGGAUGAAAUAUCAUGAGGACAUUGUACCCCCUAAAUUAGACAACUAUAUGUUAUAUUGGUGACAUGUACCUGAAUAACUUGAUGGGACCUUGUGGAGGAACUUCUGUUUGUGGAUGUAACAUUCCACCUAAAAUAUCGUGUUCUGUUGGUGCUUCA